AUGGAUUCGGGCUGCUGCUGCGGCUGGGCCAAGCUCCUGGAGCAAUGGGGUGACUCCGAACCUCAGGAAGAUCACAGCCCGCUCAGCGUCAACGUGUCCCUGCUGAGCGGGCAGGAGCUUUGCAAGCUUGUGGUCGAUCGCACCUGCACUGUCGAGCUUCUAAAGCAUCGGAUCCAAAGCGAAACCGACAUCCCGCAGACGAGGCAACACCUCCUCCACGCGCAGAGCACGGCCCCGCUGCCGGAGACGGCCUCCCUGGAGCUACUGGCCGAGGCCGCGGAAGGCGAGAAGCGCGUUCAGCUGCAGCUCAUCCAGUCCAACCGCAGGGUGAACUCGGACCGACCUGCGCCGAAGGAGGAUGGUGCAGUCUUGCGGAAGGCCAUCACCAGCCUUGACGUCGAUGAAUGCUUGGAGCUGCUGUCCUUGGACGAGCUUCCAGGCAUCAACGACAAGGACUACAACGAGUGGACGGUCUUGCACCAUGCAGCCUGGUGUGGACUCAAGGAGGUCUGUGAGUGCAUCCUGGAGCGCCAUGAUUUCCGGGAAGCGGAUGCCCACGACCAGUCGGGUCUUACGGCUCUACACUGUGCCGCGAGCCGCGGACACCUGGGCGCCGCCUUGGUCCUCGUCGGAAGCGGCGCUUUUACGGUGGUGAACUCCGCGUAUGCCCAGAUCGACCGCAACGGCGGUGUGGGUUGGAGUGCGCGAGACAUCGCUGUUCGUUACGGCCACAUGCGCAUCGUGAGCGCCAUCGACGAAAUGAACGGAGACCGCAGUCGUUAG